UGUGUGUGUGUGUAACUCAUUUGUUUUAGAGAAAUCCAUUAACCUGCGCCUCAGGUUUCCCACCUGUGAAGCAUAGGAACCUCGAACAGUUUGUUAGACUGUCAAAUGGAACACACUGGACAAGGUUCUUUAGAAACCUUCCGCUACUGUAUGGAAGGAAGAGUGUUAUUAAUUUGCACCAACUUGAUAGUUGUUGCAAAAUUCAUUCAGGGAACAUGGAAGUCCUUAAAUGAUUCCAUAUUUUAGUUGAGUAUGAAAUCUGUGUGAUAUGAAAUAACAGACCACUUCUCUGAGCCUGUUUUCUCGUCUAAAAGCCAGGCUGUCAACCAUGACUUCUAAGUGUCCGGGGAUCCAGCGACACCUACCAUCUACGGGAGAAAGAUACUGGCUGUAUUUAGGGCAGGUUCCUCUUCGGCCCUCAUUCUUCUGACGGUAUUUCUAUUUCUGUGACUUUUCCUCUGUGAUAUCCAGUUCGGUGUAGGUACACCCGGGGCCCAGCAGCUUCUGAUGCUUUUCUUUCUGAGAGGAGAGGAUAAAAUGGGCCAGUGGGGCAGGGAAAGACUGCAGGCUGACACGUGAUCAAGCCAUGGCCCAGGUCCUCCGACUCCUCUGACCCUGAUCUCUGGCCUUCAGAGGCAUUUGGGCCCCGGAGCUCUCUUGAUCAGGGAUUCUUUCUGGCCUGGGUGUUGUUCUGCAUAUCCAGGCUCCCAGCCUUCCAGAGGGCACUGUGCCUGAAGGGCAAGAGCAAUGACCCUCUCCUCUUCUUCGAGAGCAAAGCAGAGGCUGUGGAGACAGAGGCUGUUUCGAAGAACACCCUCAGGCGCACCCAUGGAGGGCUGGGAAGCUAGGGACAGGAAAGGGUGGGGAAGAGAGGGGUGUAGGGGGCAGGCCUUAGAGACACAGGGUUAAUCAUCUCCAUGGCUCUCAGAUAAGACCCUGCCAGCUGGAAGCAAAGUUAUUGUCACCAGGGGAGUUUGUGUGACUGCAGAGGCAGGCAGGACAGUGUGUCCGCAGUGUGGGACCAUGCCAGGCACAAAACGAUAUCAGCAUGUGAUCGAGACCCCUGAGCCUGGCGAAUGGGAGUUGUCAGGGUAUGAAGCAGCUGUGCCAAUCACAGAGAAGUCCAACCCACUGACCCGGAACUUGGACAAAGCAGAUGCAGAGAAAAUCGUUCAACUGCUGGGGCAGUGUGAUGCUGAGAUCUUCCAGGAGGAGGGGCAGAUCAUGCCCACCUACCAGCGGCUGUACAGCGAGGCUGUUCUGAGCACCAUGUUGCAAGUAGCUGGGAAAGUCCAGGAAGUCUUGAAGGAGCCCGAUGGAGGCCUGGUCGUGCUGAGUGGGGGAGGAACCUCUGGCCGGAUGGCAUUCCUCAUGUCUGUCUCUUUCAACCAGUUGAUGAAAGGACUUGGACAAAAGCCUCUGUACACAUACCUCAUUGCAGGAGGUGACAGGUCUGUCGUGGCCUCUCGGGAACGAACAGAAGAUAGCGCCCUUCACGGGAUCGAGGAGCUGAAGAAGGUGGCUGCUGGGAAGAAGAGAGUGAUUGUCAUAGGCAUUUCUGUGGGACUCUCUGCCCCCUUUGUGGCAGGCCAGAUGGACUUCUGCAUGGAUAACACAGCCGUCUUCUUGCCAGUCCUGGUUGGCUUCAACCCGGUGAGCAUGGCCAGAAAUGACCCCAUUGAAGACUGGAGAUCGACAUUCCGGCAAGUAGCUGAGCGGAUGCAGAAGAUGCAAGAGAAAAAGGAAGCUUUUGUGCUCAAUCCUGCCAUUGGGCCCGAGGGCCUCAGUGGCUCCUCCCGGAUGAAAGGUGGGAGCGCCACCAAGAUCCUGCUGGAAACUCUACUUCUCGCGGCCCAUAAGACUGUGGACCAGGGCGUUGCGGUCUCUCAAAGAUGCCUUCUGGAAAUCCUGAGGACAUUUGAGCGGGCUCAUCAGGUGACCUACAGUCAGAAUUCCAAAAUUGCCACCCUGAUGAAACAAGUCAGCACCAGCCUGGAGAAGAAAGGCCGAGUGUACCUAGUUGGCUGGCAGACCCUCGGCAUCAUUGCCAUCAUGGAUGGAGUGGAGUGCAUCCACACCUUUGGUGCUGAUUUCCAAGACGUCCGUGGCUUUCUCAUUGGUGAUCACAAUGGCAUGUUUAACCAGAAGGCAGAGCUCACCAACCAGGGUCCCCAGUUCACCUUCUCCCAGGAUGACUUCCUGACUUCCAUCUUGCCAUCCCUCGUGGAAAUUGACACUGUGGUCUUCAUUUUCACCCUGGAUGAUAACCUCACAGAGGUCCAGGCGUUGGUGGAGCAGGUGAGAGAGAAGACCACGAACAUCCAGGCCCUGGUGCACAGCACUGUGGGGCAGUCCUGGCCAGCCCCUCUAAAGAGGCUCUUUCCCUCCAUCAUCAGCAUCACGUGGCCGCUUCUUUUCUUUGAUUAUGAAGGGACCUACAUCCAGAAGUUCCAGCGUGAGCUCAGCACCAAGUGGGUGUUGAAUACAGUGAGUACCGGGGCUCACGUGUUGCUGGGGAAGAUCCUACAGAACCACAUGCUGGACCUCCGCAUCGCCAAUUCCAAGCUCUUUUGGAGGGCGCUGGCCAUGUUGCAGGUGUAUCUUUCUCGGGCAUAUCCUCCUGUCUGUAUCGCAUGCGCACAAAGCGGUUCUCUGGACAGUCCAAGGCUUGCUGCAUCGAGAGCCUCCUCCAAGCAAUCCAUUUUCCCCAACCACUGUCAGAUGAUGUCCGGGCUGCUCCCAUCUCCAGCCAUGUCCAGGUUGCCCACGAGAAGGAAAAGGUGAUCCCUACAGCCUUGCUGAGUCUGCUCCUCCGGUGCUCCAUCGCCGAGGCUAAGGCACGCCUGGCUGCAGCUCCUUCCGUCUGCGAGGCUGUCAGGAGCGCCCUCUCUGGGCCGGGUCGGAAACGCACCACCCGAGCCCUUGGAGACCCGACAUCCUGUAGUGCACUGAAUUGAUGAUUCUGGGACCUCGAAGGGGCAGAGCCGUGGUCCACUCCCACGAGGACUUGUGCCAACAAUACGCGUGGUGGUGGGACAAAUCCAGUUUCGGGAAGUGGGGUGGGGGGAGCACUAACAACCCAGGAUCGGGGAAGAGUCCCGCUCUCAGCCGGAUCAUUUCCACUUUUACUGGCAUCUUCUGAUCUCAGAAAUAAAACUAAAUGUCUUGCUUUGGAAACUAA